AACGGACCCGUUGAUGAUGACAGAUAUGAAAACCAGGGACCAACUAAACUUAAUAUGAUUCUCGGCGUCGCAAUGGUGUUCUUGAUCAUUCCAACCGUCACUGGAAACGGCCUUAUCCUCAUUGCAUUUUGGAAGUCUCGCCGACUUCGCACUUACUUCAAUUACUUUAUCUGUAGCAUGGCUUUUGCUGAUCUCAGCGUCGGCGCCAUCAACAUGCCCGUAUACUCCAUCCAGUUUUUCAGUGGUCGAUGGCCGUUUGGUCCAAGGGCGUGUCUUAUUUUCUCCAUCAUCGAUCACAUUUUCGUUCACGUUUCCGUGCUAUCUGUGGUGGUCAUAGCCAUCGACCGCUAUAAAUCUCUAGCUGAUCCCCUAUUGCACCUCAGAAGAAAGUCUCUUGGUCGUGCUAUUACGGUGAUUUGUCCCACCUACUUGAUUCCCAUCGUCAUGUGGACCUGGUUCGUCCUUUUUCGGAAGCAAGGCCGAAACGAAAACUGUUACACGGGAAAACGUGGAGAAUUUCCGUUCAAUUUCGUCACACCUUUUUUUCUCUUCUUAAUUCCCCUCACAAUCUUAGCAUCCGUCUGCAUUGCCAUCUACAGAAUUAUUUGGAGUCGAAAUGCCAACCGUAUGCGUUCGGUUUCAGGUCGGUCUCAGUCAAAAAGAAGCACAGCUGACAUCUCGUCUUCUGUAGCUAUUGAUGACUCCGUUAAAAGAGGAACUCCUAACCCAGCCUGUUCAACAGAAGAUAGCAAUCCCUCUCAGAAUGGGUGCCAUCCAGAUUACAAGCUAGAUCUCACCGAUGCCCUUCAAACCGGCAACAUCACUCAUGGACCAACUAAGAACAUGGACAGUACAUAUCGAGCGUACCCGGAUGUAUCUGAUGAAGAAACCGCUUUCCAGGGGGCAUCACUCUCACCCUCUGAUGCCACUCAUGAGAAAGAACCAGUCAAGGAUAACGAAGUUGCACGUCGAGAUAACGAUACCGCGGCAGGGGUGCCAAAGUCUGUCUCAGGAGAAGGCAAUCCUCGCAACAAAAUGGGCUUGAAAGAACAAAGUGGUACGAGAGCUGGAUUCACGGAAGAUUCAUCGUUGUCCAAGCAAUCUGAAGAAAGCGCGAAAGCUGUUCGUACUUUAACCUUCAUCGUGCUGGCAUUGGUUGUCUCUUGGUCACCAUGGGUUGUCUUUGUAUUCAUAGAGAACAUCUGUGGGCGGAACUGCAAUGUGGAAAGUGUGUACCACGUGAGUUUCUUCUGGGUGUACGUGAACAGUCUUUUGAACCCUUUCUGUUACGCCGCAGCCAACCGCACCUUCCGACGUGUCAUUAGAGACUUCUUCAGAAGUUAGAUCUGAAUAAAACAGUGUGUUCGCUCACGUUAAAUCGACUAAAAUACGCAUUUUUAGAGCACUUUAAUUUGAAAAGAAUGAAUAACAGGUAGGCAAUCGGAGGUAUAGAGUAUAUCCAUAAAGAUAUUACUGAGUAUCCUUGAUGACAAUUUCUUUUAACAAAAACACAUUUUAUAAUGUAGAUUACCUUGAAAAGUCUGUUCAUACUUUCAAAUAAAGUAAACAGUCGUUGCUUAUAAUUAUGAGAGGUACGCUUCUUCUCACUACACAAUCACACUUCUGUCUGUCUGUCUCUAUCUCUUUCUCUAUCUCUCUCUCUCUCUCUCUCUCUCUCUCCAUCUAUCUGUCUAUUUAUAUCUUCCUCUCCCAGUACUUCUCUUUGUCAUUUUCUAUGUCACACAAACUUUAAUUUGUGUUAAUCACAUUUUCUCAGUCACUUUUAAUGCAGUCCAAUGAUUUUCAUUUCUUUUGUGCAGUAGCUCACCUUUUUAUUGGUGUUUUUUUAUGUUGCUUUUAUUUUCAUAAUCAUAGAAGUAACGGGUGUAAUUAAAGCCAUGACGUGCCAGUAUAAUAGUGCAGUGAUAAUUCCAUGUUUUAUAGCUUCAUAUAAAUUACACGUGACUUCAAUUUUUUCGAAUGCUUAUUCCUCUUUUUUUUUUUGCAUGGUUGUAGUAGUUGGUGAAAUUACUUUUCACCUUGAAAAAUCUUAAUUUAGAAUUUGUCGAUAAGCCGAUUUUUCGCACGAGGAGCUUUUAUGACUCAAACGUCGUCUGCUGUAAUCAUAAUAUAGCAUUAAAAUAUGUUUGCGAAGUCAAACAUGAAGUAGUGUAAAAUGGGAAGUUGAAGUGAAGUGGAAAUUGCAGAAUUGAAUAAUGAAGCGAUUCACUGGCACUAAUAAACCUUCAUGUUUUUUAAUAUUAUGGUUGGAUUCACCUCGUAUUGUUUAAAAAUGUACGCUACAAUUCCCGAUUACAUCAAGUCUUUUACUCCAACUAUUUUUUUCCCUUUUCGUCGUUCGUGUAUACCUCAAACACCCCCUUCUCCCCUCUCUUUCUCUCUCUCUCUCUCUCUCUCUCUCUUUCUCUUUCUCUCUCCCCCACUCUCUCCCUCUCUCUCCUAUUCACACUCCAUUUCCCAUGUUUGCCUAUAUUGGUCUCCAUGUAAAUGUGAAUCAGGCUAAACUUAUCGUAGAGUCAAAAUGAUGCAUUCAUUUUCGAAUACAUUCAGUGUUGCUCUGAGGAUGUUCAGUGCGAAUGAAACUAACCAGACAAGGAAUUCAUGCAAUCAUUGUUGAGCACAUUAUUAUGAACGUCCAUUUGGUGAAUAAAAUACAGGCUGUAAUCAUUUAUAUCAACGGAAUACAUGUUUACAAUUUAUAUCGUUCUGCUCUUUGGCUUUUGUAUGCUAUCCAUACGUGAUUCGUGUUAAAAAUAGCAAAAUAAUAGAUCGCUUGUAAUUAUCUGUGUAAUCAUUAUAAUGUUGGUUUGUUUGCUAUGAUUGUUUUCAAAAUGAUAUUAUAGUAACGAAAGGGGAAAACAUCGUUUAAGCCUUUAUGCACUGUAAAAUUUGCAUGUUCAUUAAGAUUAGUGUUGAUGACUUGAUAUACAUGUAGUAAGACAGUGGUAUUGCAUUCGUAGUCGUAUUGUCUCACUCGUUUUAAUGAGAUCUGUUGAAAUACAGCACGGUUGAGAUAUGAUAUUAGAUGCACAUUCAUUUCGCUGUGGUGAGCCUGGGUUGAGAUAAUAGAAAGUAUGAAAUCAAACAAUGGUGCGGGUUAUGGUUUUCUUGUAAAUUAAAGAGACACGUUUCUUCUUUACUGUUUGCAUAAAAAAGGUGAUGCAAUGUUGUAAAAAUUACAUUCUACAACAACAAAAAUAUAUAGUUUAUGAUUGACAUUACCCUCGGACUCAUAAUGAGAUUGUUUUCUCAUCUUGAUAUAAGGUCUGAUCACCCACAUAGGCAUUUUAUUACUACGUAAAAAUCGGUUUAAAUGCUAAUGUGAUGAUAGUAUGUUAGUAUUAUAUCAUGUUUAUAUGAAAAUUCGAUGGUGUUGUACAUGUAGUAUGAAAUUGUGUGAUAUUUGAAAUGUUGUUGUCCAUCGAGUGAUUAAAUCGGUUAUCGUACCCAAUUAGAGUCUUGAAUUUUAAAGUUAAA